UGAAAACCUUAGACGGCGAUUGGUCCAUAGAAUACUACUUUUAAAGGCACAACACAUCGAAUUCUUAAAUCACUUCAAAGUGUUGUCGCACGAGAUUGAAGUUAUUUCUUCCCAUGUCAUUCAAUGGCGUUUAUAUACCUCCCACGAUUGAUAUGCCUGUGUCUGCUCCUAUUGCUUUGUGUCCUUGGUGAUGCCACUGUGUUCUACUCUCAGCCAGACGAUAAAGGAUUGCUUGAUCUUUCAAAUGGGAACUUAACCUCUAAAUAUAUUGACAACGCUACCUUCACUUCACAAAACACCAACACUUCAGCGGUGCUAGAAAUCAAUCUGGCAAACAACACAAUUGAACGCGUAGAUCCGAGCAGUUUUGUGCACCUCUUUAAUCUCCGAGUUUUAAGCCUCGCAAAGAACGCGAUCUCAGAUUUGAGCAACGAGACCUUCUUGGCUCUCCGGAAGUUGGAAACGUUAGACGUCUCGCACAACCGGCUCAAUGUACUUCGCGCCGGUCUGUUGAGCUUGCUGACGUUAAAAGAGGUGCGCUUCAACAACAACAACAUCAGUUACGUGGAGCCGGGUAUCGUCGGUCAGAUAAACCAGGAGCUGAUCGCUUUUCAUUUGGAGCAUAACGCGUUGGCAUAUUUGGACCCAUGGAUGUACGAAACCUACUGGUCCAACAACCGCGAUGUUGAUCGAACAUUCUACCUCGAGCAUAACCGUAUACGAACUUUGACCAACUUCAUGAACUGGACAUACAACCUCAAAUAUCCGUUUGAGGUAAAUGUCCAGCUUCAAUAUAACGAUAUUCAGACGAUAAAUACUGAAACUGUCCUACAGUACAGGCCCAACACGACAACCUCGGACUUUUCACUAUAUGCAACUUUCUUGACGUUCUAUAUGAAUGUUUCCAACAACCCCUUCCACUGUGACUGCAAGUUAUUCGACUUAGCCAAUAUUUUGCGCAGUUCCUUUCUACGCUACAAAGACGUAGAGAAGUACCGGUAUCGCUGCAGCUCUCCAUCGGAAUAUGGCGACUGGGACUGGCUGCACGAUCUGCCUCUCGAUCGCCUAGUGUGCAGCAAAAACGGGAGCGACGGAUGUCCGGCGGGAUGCUUGUGCGAGGACAGGCCGCACAACGAUACUUACUUUGUUCAGUGUACCGGAGCGGGUCUCAGAGAGCUACCACAUAUUCCGACUAACAAUGCGUCCAAAAUAGAACUGUUUCUUGAUGACAAUUGCAUCCAAACAUUGUCCAAUGUCUCCUACCUUGGACGUGUGUAUAAUAUUUCUCUGAGGAACAACUGUAUUAGUAGUCUGGAACCUGAAAUCUUAAAACAAUUCGACACUGCCAAAAAGGUUGACCUGAGAAACAACAAACUGACAAACGUCCCCAGAGAAAUAAAGAAGUUUGAUUCCGUUUCCAUAUCCGAAAAUCCUCUCGAGUGUGACUGCGACUCGAUGUGGCUCAAACAAUGGAUGGAAAUUGAUACGGCCAACGCCGACCCGUCGCUAAGCUGCGAGGCGCCCACUGGCUCAAAGGUCGUCGUCAUGGAGAUGACCUUGAGAACCCUAGGAUGUACUAAUGACCUGAUAAUCAUGGUCGCUUGCAUUCUGGCGGUGGUGUUGGCGGUGCUAUUUAUCGGAAUCGUCUUUGCCGUGCGCUGUCCAUACGAGACGAAGGUUUUACUCUUUCGAUUACUAAGAGUCGACAUUUCCAAGAGAUAUGCAGUUGACAAAGCGAGAGAAAGAAAUAUCGACGUAUAUCUUGUGUUCGAUGAGACCGAUGCAGAUAUAACGGGCUACAUUCAUCUCUUUAUACACAAACUCAAUAAGGAAAAGCCUAUCUACACCGUGUUUAAUCCAAAACGGUACAUGGAGCCCGGUUCUUGUACUGAUAACAUACGUAAAAAUAUAGGCAAGUCAAAGAGAGUGGUGGUCCUUCUGUCGAAGUCAAUCUUUUGCAAUACCAAUUGUAUGGAAGAAAUUAAUGAUGCUGAACGCCGCAUUAUCGAAGCGGAAACUAUAAAUAAUGGCAAUAACACUCGUAAUCAUAUUGAAGCAUUACAAGAGAUCCCGGUUAAUGAAAACGAAUUCGACAUGGACAACAUACAAGAAACCAAUGAUCGCCUUAGGAAUCACCGUAAUGAAGAGGAAAGUCUUAAACAUGCACCAAAGGUUAUUUAUAUUAUCUACAAUAAAGACGAAUUCCUGGCUGAAAAAAUCAACGAAGAGCCAUGGAAGACGCGACUGGAAGGCAAAACUGUGCUUCGCCCUGACCCUGAAGGCCGGUUGUUCUGGUCCAAGCUCCGAUACGAAUUGCCGAGGAAGGGACAAGGAGAGUACAGACCACCGUUUUCUUCUGAAAACGUUACAGGUACCACACAGCCGCUCGCCGUUCGCGAAACACGGCAGUUCAUUGCGCGAACCAAUCGCAUAAGCCCCACUCCCGACAUUUCUAACCAAAUGGGUGCAACCGUUGUUGGUAUUCAACAUGAAUACACACUACGAGAGCGAGUGCCAAUAUUCUAAGUUAUAUAAGCCAUGUUAGAGCUCCCGCAUCGCGGUUGUGUGACAGUACAUUGUCUACCCAAAAUAUUACAAUUCUAGAGGCCGGGCCUAGCGGAACGUCGCCCUUCCGGCAUUUAAAUCAAACGAACUGUGCGAGCUCAACAGAUUCGAUCGAGAGGAGCGGUCGGGACUCAUUACUGUUAGAUCGGGCCACUCAAAUAGAAUUUAGCCGACCUUUCCGAAAUCAGACUACCACAAACUUUGAAUUAAAAAGUAGGAACUUCUUUUGCAUAAAUAAGCCCGUCUGCAUUUUUAUGUGCAUUAAGUUUAAAGCCAUAUCUUAACAAGAGCGCCGACGGCGUUGAAACUCGACUGGCAAGAUACAGGGAUGUUUUGUUGAAAUAAAUGCUAAAAGAACAGUUGACUGAAAGCAAAUCUAAAAGGCUAUCAAAUAGAAAAUGUGUUUAGUAUUAGUAAACAUAAACAAGAAGUGGUGGAAUAUUGCAAACCAUCAUAGAUCAAACGGUAUAUUGCGAGCUAGUAGAUGACUGAUGUAAAUGCUAUUUCUGAUUUGCUAGACGUGUAUUUAUGCUCUUGUUUUAAUAAACGUUAUCAUUA